AUGUCAGAUGUUGGAAGCGAUAACGAAAGAAGCAGAAAUCAUCAGCAGAAUGAGAAUCAGGCAACUGAAGGUUUGAGCGACUGGGAGGUUUUUGAUGUUACGUUCGACGCAGGAGGAAUGCAGUCACUUCUCGAAGACCAACCCCAAUCGCAGUCUAGGCUGUCCGAGAACCCCGAUUCAGCAGGAAAAAUGGGGCGACGUUCUUCUGAAUUCCCCAUCAAAAAGUCACUUAUGCAUGAGGCGUCUAACCUUGAAGCUCAAAAGGACUUAGAAGAUAAAUUGGCCACAGAUGCUGACCAAAAUGGAGACCUCCAAUCCCAGGACGAUUUUUAUUCUGCAGCAAGUAACGACAUUUUCGCUCACUUAGGAACAGAGUAUACCGUUUUCUCAAAACGGCAGCGCGUUUUGAUAUUCUUUAUCAUCAUAUUUGUUGGGUUUUUGGGACCAUUAUCAGGAAAUAUCUAUAUUCCAGCUCUGCCACUAUUGCAAACUGUUUUCCACAUUUCGGCGACUGCAAUAAAUGCGACAGUGUCUGUUUUCAUGGCCGUCUUUGCCGUGGGACCACUUUUUUGGGCCAGUUUUGCCGAUUUUGGGGGUAGAAAACUGCUUUAUAUGAUAUCGUUGACUUUGGCAGUUAUAAUCAACGUUUUACUCGCAGCCGUUCCGGCCAAUACUGGAGCUCUUUUUGCAUUGAGGAUUCUUCAAGCAUUCGCGUCUAGUUCAGUCAUGUCGCUUGGGGCAGGAACGAUCAGCGAUAUUUCUCCUCCAAAACAAAGAGGCAAGUCAAUAGCAUAUUUCAUGCUAGGUCCCAAUAUGGGUCCAAUUGUGGCGCCAAUCAUUGCAGGGCUAAUAUUAAUGAGGGGAAACCACUGGAGAUGGCUUUUUGGAUUGACAAGCAUUCUAUCUGCCAUUGGACUCGUCCUGGUGCUUCUCCUGCUACCAGAAACUUUGAGGUGUGUUGUGGGGAAUGGCGAUGCCAGAUGGAGGGCUAGUAAUCAAGCUCCGGAGUUAGUCAAAACCGAGGAUUAUAGGAAUACUGCUGAAAUGAAACUGAAAGUGAAAUUCGCGAGCGAUAUUGGUAUUAUGAAGCCGGUUUCAAACUCUGCUGAGUUCCGAAAGCUUUAUCCGAGACCACCGAAGCCCAGCUUUAGAGGUUACUGGGCAUUAAUCAAGUUUGUCCCAGUAACUGUAUGCUCUGUCACUACCGCUAUCUUGUUUGCUUCCUAUUAUGCCUUCAGCGUCACUUUUGCGCAUUUUCUCAGUCAGGAUUAUCAUUUGACGAAUUUGCAAAUUGGAGCGUGUUACGUUUGCCCCGGAGUUGCCUUGCUGUUAGGUUCUGUCAUUGGAGGUCACCUUUCGGAUUAUUUCAGGAAGAUGUGGCUCAAGUACCAUGAGGGCCAAGAGUUCCCAUCCCACAAAAGAUUGCUGUUGCAAGUUUGGGGACUUCUAGUCAAUAUUUGCGGAUCGGUCGGUUAUGGGUGGAGUAUUCAAUUUCAUCAUCAUUUGGCAGUAGUGCUAGUAUUUUCGUUCUUAACUGCUUUCGGGAUGACUUGGUGUUCGAACGCGAGUAUGACAUAUCUUACUGAAUGCAUGCCUAAAAGGGCCGCGGCAACUGUAGCCAUUGGCAGUUUCUUCAGAAAUUUGGCCGCAGCUAUUAGUUCCGUUAUUGUGAUUAAAUUGUGCGAUGCAAUGGGCACCGGAUGGUGUUUUUCCGGUUUAGCAUUUUGCAGCGUAGUGGCAAUGCUAGGGAUUAUUUAUUUGAUCCAAUACGGCGCACGAUGGGCGCCAAAGGCUUAA